UGCCACGGUGUGGGGUGAGACCAAGGUUGUGGUGGCUGACUGCAGGGGAACAUCCAGGCUCCAUCUAACCCCAUCUCUGCCGCAGUUGGGCACACGGGCUGGGCUGCGUCAGGAUAAUCCUUGGAGCAGGAGGCAAGCGUGAGCAAAACCUGCUGGAGCUGAAGUUACACCUUGACAAAGGUGCUGCGGUGAUAGGGAACGUGGCCUUGAAGCGGGGUGUGCCUGAUCUGUACAACGCCAGAAGCGAGAGGGGCAGAGCCAGCCCAGAAGAGUCCACAGUCAAUGUCUCUGGCUGUAACACAGCAGUUCAACACUGGUUGCUAAAUGGCCUAUAAAUGAAAAUGGCAUUUCUGCACAUCCAUGAGACAGUAGGUAUGGAUGCGAAGAAAUGCAGCGUGUGGAUGUUUUUACCUCUUGUCUUUACCCUGUUCACAUCAGCUGGAUUAUGGAUAGUGUACUUUAUAGCAGUGGAAGAUAACAAAAUUCUUCCACUAAAUGUACCAGACAGGAAACCUGGUCCCAAAAGACCACCUUAUAUAAGUAUUGCAGGUGAUGCACCUCCUGCAAGCUGUGUGUUUAGUCAAGUCAUGAACAUGGCGGCAUUUCUAGCGCUUGUUGUGGCUGUCCUGCGCUUCAUUCAGCUGAAGCCAAAGGUGCUAAACCCUUGGCUGAACGUCAGCGGCUUGGUGGCAUUGUGCUUGGCCUCUUUUGGGAUGACCCUACUCGGCAACUUUCAGCUUUCCAAUGAUGAGGAGAUCCACAAUGUGGGCACAUCGCUGACCUUUGGCUUUGGAACCUUGGCGUGCUGGAUCCAGUCUGCCCUUACCCUCAAGAUCAACCUGAAGAAUGAGGGGCGGAAAGCUGGGAUUCCACGAGUUGCUCUCUCAGCCAGCAUCACCCUCUGUGUGGUGCUCUAUUUCAUCCUCAUGGCACAGGGCAUUCACAUGCAUGCUUCCAGGAUCCAGUGGGGCCUGGUGAUGUGCUUCCUGUGCUACUUUGGCACCUUUGCAGUAGAGUUCAGGCAUUACAGAUUUGAGAUAAUUUGCUCUGAAUACCAGGAAAACUUUCUGAGCUUUUCCGAAAGCUUAUCAGAAGCCUCUGAGUACCAGACAGAUCAGGUGUAGCCUGUCCUCUGGCAGGGGGGAGGGGGGCAGGUGUGGUCUCAUGGGUUAAACAUAACCUCAUUUACACUUUUUUUAUGAGUUUGUUUUCAUGUGCAAUCACAAUCGUAUUGCCAAAGGGCUCUGAAGGUGGCUGUCUCACUAAGAGCCAAACAAAAGUAGGUGUUCACUGGAACACUCUCAGUGGCAGCAUGAGAAAGCACAAACUGUUUAGUUUAUGCUACCAGGAUCUCUUUGAGUGGCUCUGUCACACCCCUGUUGUUCAAAAUGUUCCACAGCCAGUCCUUGUGAUGCCCCUCCGAGACAGGUCCUCCUGAGCCUACUCACAGAGGAGGUAAAGGAAGCAGAAUUCUUUGGGCACCAAGAGUCUUGAGGAAUCACCAGUUCCUGAGUCACCAGCCUGCACCUUUUGUGUCUUUCCCAAGUUGUUUUCUUUGCUGCCAACUGGGGUAACUUGGAAGGGUGAGAAAGAGCAUCUAUUUCUUCAGAAUUUGGAAUCGGACAGUGGAAGACCCCAACUGACUGGCUUUUCUGGCAAGCAGGCAGGCAUUUCUUUGGGCCUGGAAAGCAGCUGAUGGUAAAUCUGGGUUUGGAAGAAACUGUGCUGUGAUCAGGAAGAAAGACUUGGCCAAUGCUCCCUCUUAGCUGGGCAGAUCGUCCCCAGACCAGAGGAGAUGACACAGUGGGGUGCUGUGCUUGGCUUCAUGGUUCAGACUCAACAGUGGGGACUGGGGGAAGUGAGGGGCUGAAUUAAGAUGAGAAUGUUUGUGUGCUCUGAAGAUGACCCAGAAAAGGCUGCUCUUCCUAAGUGUGUAGUGCUUCCAUCACACAUCUUGCAUAGUUAUUUCAAAAGCUUUUUUUUUUUUUUGUUCCCUGAAGGGGGGAAAAUGUGUUAGAGGUACUGGGCUUGUCUGCAAUGAGAACAGUACCACUGCAGGUGGUUCUGGACACAAGGGUUUGGUUUCGCUCCUUGUGCACUUACAAGCCAAACUUCAGACAUGCUGACAGUAGGGCCUGGGUUCUGGACCCCUCAGUGUGGUCAGUGGUCCUGAAUGGAGUUCUCCCCCCAAGGGUGGGUGAUGUCGCCUGAAGGCUGGAGGUAAAAAAAGGGAACAAAACUAGAUGGGAUUCUUCCUAAUGGAAGGUUUUCAAACAGAAGGUCUGUUUUCAAAGAAAAACCAGGAGCUCAAAGCCCAUUUGAAAACCUCCUUUUGGGAAGGCUGCUGUAUUGGCUGGGAAGGGGAGUGAUGGGAUUUGCUUCUCAUGAACAUGGCUCCUAUUUUCUUUCACAAAUCAGACUCAAUUUAGGUUGGCAUCUUGUCUGAGCCGCAGGAAAAUAAGCAGAAAUUAAAAUGGUAGGAAAAGGCCUUUGAAGGGGAACUGUACCGCUCUGUGGCAUUUCAGACAAGAGAGAGAAAAGGUACAAGGGCAUUCAUCUUCUGCAAAGGUCAGAGGCCUCUCCUGAAAGGAGAAAUAGUUGAGACAGACUAAUGCAAGUAGACAGCUUUCAGCCAGCCCUUUAUCUUCUGUGCACCAAAAUUUGUUCUCAGGCAGCUGUUAUAAAUCCAGAGCACUUCCGGCCAACAGAGGGUUGUUGUGGAUUGCUGAAGGCGUCCUCCUUGAAACAGUGUCAUUAGUGGAAAGCUUUCCUGGAUGGAUGUGCUGAGGGUGGCCCAAGAACAUAGCAGUGAAAGGUGCUGGGCUCCCCAGCAGCUCAUCCAGGGAGCUCCUCCUGGGCAUGAACAGUCUGGAGAAUGCGCAGGUGGGGAUCCUCUUACACAGGCACACACGCUCAAUCCAUACAGAGCACAAAAUAGCAAUUUGUUGUAAGGGUGUUUUACUGUAAAUAGUCCACUGUGACUUUUGUUUCCCUAAUCAAUUAAUACUUUCAGUUUAUCACUUUAUAUUUUGUAAUUUUAUCAAAGGAAAAAAAGAUGAUGUGAUUUUUUUUCCUUUUUCUCCUUUUCCUAUAUGCAAUCCAAACUGAACUUCAGGUUU